AUGGCUGAAUCGAAAGAAAUUAAUGCAACACAAGCAGAGUCUUUUUCAGAGACAAUUGAAGAGAUAGCCUUGCGUCAUAAAAAAGAAUUAAAAGAACUCAACAGUCAAAUUACCUCUUUAAGAAAAACGAUAACGAAAGGAGAUAAAAAACGUAAAAAAGAAGUUCAAAAUGAGAUCAAAAAGCUUGAGGAGGAUCUUCGA